GGAAAGUGUGAAACCGUGUGCUUCCCCACUGCAUCAAUAUCAACGGAGAUUGGAACGAAAUUUAGGAAUACUUGCGGUCGUGCGGAUGAAAGUGGACUCGGCGGAAACAGACGGCCGCGCCGUGGCGGAAGUAGCUGGACCAUCGAUAUUUAAGUGUCAACCGUUGUAACAUCGGUCAUCAGUCCGAUCGAAACCGAGUGCGAUCGAGAUGGUGCGAGGCGCGAUGUUAUUUCUGCUAUUCAUUGCAAUAUGUUCGCUCACGUUGCACACGACGUGUCACGCCCGGGAUCUGACCAGUGUGGAAUCGCGCGUCAGCCGGCGCGAUGUACGAGGAAAGAACGAUGACCAUCAUGUAGGUCAUUUAGAACCCACCGUGGAAUCGUCACAGAUUGCGGAGAUAGGCGAAAUCGAUCUCGAGACGGCAGCGACCAAACACAAGGGUCAUCAUCAAGAGUCUGGCGGUGGUCACAAACACGAAUCUCAUCACCACGAGGAGCAUGGUGGAAAGGGUGAAAAGGGCUAUAAGAGCCAUCAUCAUCACGACAAAGGCGACCACGGUAAGCACGACAAGGAACACCAUGCCGGUCAUCACGAGGAACACGGAGGCAAGAAGAAGGGUCACCAUGACGAGCACGAAAAAUACGGCGAGCAUCACGAGGGCGAGAAGGGUCACAAAGGUGGAAAAUUCGGUGAAAAGAAGGGCCACAAGAAGGGCCAUAAAACCAAAGGUUAUCACAACAAAUUUCAUAAAGACGAGUAUCAUAAAGAACAUAAGUUUUACGAUGAUUAUCAUAAGGGUGGGCAUCACGAGAAGCACGGUGACUUCCACGGUCAUCACGACAAGAAGGAAGGCCACCACAAGAAGGGUGGUCAUCAUCAUUCCGGUUAUCACGAGGAUCAUCACGGCAAGAAGGGCCACCACGACAAAGGUCAUCAUGACGAAGAUCAUAAAGGUCAUCACGGCAAGCACGGCCAUGAGGAACACCACGAUCAUCACGAUUCGUAUGGCAAGAAAGGCGAUCAUCAUUCCGGAAAGAAGUACGGCUAUAAGAAGGGACUGCUUAUGAUCUUCGUGACCGCCCUUUUUGCCAUGAUGAUGAUGAUGGUGAUGAUGGUGAUGAUCAUCGUGGUGGCCCUUAUGUCCCUUAUGAUCAUGAUGAUGGUGUCCUUUCUCAUGAUGACCCUUCUUUCCGUGAUGACCUUCAUGAUGAUGAUGGUCAUGAUGUCCUUUCUUAAAGUGGCCACCUUUCUUGUGUCCGUGUUCGUGAUGAUGGCCACCGUGUUCCUCAUGAUGACCAUGAUCGUGAUGUUCGUCAAAGAAUUCCUUGUCUUUCUUGUACUCAUCUUUUUUUUUCACUUCGUGAUGGCCAUGAGUGCUGUGGCCUUUGCCAUAGUGUCCCUUUUCGUGGAACUUGUGACCUUUUUCCCCCUUUUCGCCAUGAUGAUGCUCAUGAUGAUGACCAUCAUCGUGGUGAUGAUGCUUCUUGUGUCCUCCGUGCUCAUCGUGGUGCCCGUGAUGAUGCUCUUUGUGAUGAUGUCCUUUUUCACCCUUCCCGUGAUGAUGGUGAUGCUUAUAACCCUUGUGACCCUUGUCGCCAUGCUCAUGAUGAUGAUGGGAAUGAUGUUCCUCCCCACCGCCAUGUUCAUGAUGCUUGCUCUCGGCUACCUGAAGAUCGUCGUUAUGAUUCCUGCAAGUUUUGUAUCGUUAAUGAUGAUGGUGAUGACCAUGAUGACCAUGAUGACCAUGAUGACCAUGGGAAUAACCAUGCUUUUUGCCUCCAUGAUGUUCACUCUUCUUCCCAUGAUCUUCGUGAUGGUGAUGGUGUUCUUCAUGACCAUGUUUGCCGUGAUGACCAUGGUGAUCUUCAUCAUGAUGUCCUUUAUCAUGAUGUCCCUUCUUACCGUGAUGAUCUUCAUGGUGACCAGAAUGAUGGUGUCCGCCCUUCUUAUGAUGGCCUUCCUUGCCAUGAUGAUGUUCAUGAUGAUCGCCAUGCUUUUCAUGGUGGCCGCCUUUAUGAUGAUCAUCGUAAAACUUAUGCUCCUUAUGGUAUUCAUCUUUAUGAGAUUUGUGAUGAUAACCAUGAGUCUUCUCGCCCUUCUUGUGACCCUUUCCAUGGCCAAAUUUCGAUUCUUUAUGACCAUGUUCGUGAUCGUGAUGGUGACCGUGUUCGUCAUGCUCGUCGUGAUGACCCUUCUUAUGGCCGCCGUGCUCAUGAUGAUGGCCCUCAUGAUGUUCCUUACCAUGAUGGCCGUGUUCUCCGUGAUGAUGAUGAUGAUGGCCUUUAUGACCUUUAUGGCCCUCUUCACCGUGUUCUCCAUGGUGAUGAGAAUGAUGUUCAUGACCUCCGCCAUGUUCGUGAUGAUGGCCAUGAUGAUGGCCAUGCGACGAAGUCAAAUAUCUCUCAUUGAUACUGGAUCAAACGCGAAUAAACACGGCACGAUGAGCAGAUUGGCGGCGAUCUGCCUGCUGGUAGCGUGUGUCACUUCCUAUUGCGUGACCGCGCGCGAAAUCAGCAGGGCGUAUUACGACGAUCUGCAGGUAGCCGCUUCUCACCAUGGCCAUCAUCAUGAAAGCGGCCACGGAGGAGAGCAUCAUUCCGAUCACCAUCAUGAGCAUGGCGGGAAAGGCGACAAAGGAUACAAGUCGGAGCAUCAUCACGAACAUGGGGAAAAGGGACAUCACGACAAAGGGGGCCAUUCCGGACAUUAUCACGAAGACGAAGGUCAUAAAAAACAUCAUCAUCACGACGAUGGCUAUUAUGGUGAACACCAUAAAGGCGAGAAGGGAGAGAAGGGACACAAAUUCCAUGAGAAAGGACAUUAUGGUAAAGGUCACAGCACAAAGGGUCACCACGAGGUUCACAAACUCGACGAGUUUAAGAAGGAUAAGGAAUUCUUUGACGAACAUCACGAUCAUGGUCAUCAUGAGGAACACGGUGGCCAUCAUCACGAGCACGGACACAAGAAAGGUGGCCACUUUAAGAAAGGACAUCAUGACCAUCAUCAUCACGAGGGUCAUCACGGAAAGAAGGGUCAUCAUGAGAAAGGACAUCAUCAUCAUGAUCACAAGGGUCACAAAGGCCAUGGCGGACACGAUGAGCAUCAUCAUCACCAUCAUCAUCAUGGCAAAAAAGGCGGCCAUGAAGACCAUAAGCACUGGGGAUUCAAAAAGGGACAUUAA